CGGAGAGCGCUGACAGCCUGUGGCUCAGGCGACAGCGCAAACCCCCCAGCAGAGGCACCUGCUGCCCCGCCAGGACUGCUAACCCCCUGGAGGGGGGGGGCCACUUAACAGGACAGCGUGCUGGGACGGGGGCGAGAGGAAACGAAGACCUGUCCCACGGAGAGAGAGAGAGAGAGACCGUGCUGUCCAGGGUGCCAGGCAGUCACGAAGACCUGUCCCAGAGACAGACCGUGCUGUCCAGAGCGCCAGGCAGUCGGGGGCACAGGGACAGAGAGGAUGCACGACCAGGAGCCGCGGGUGUGAGUGGACGUGACGGCACUGUGCGGACUCCACUUCUCUCUGUCACUUUAGAGCGAGUUCAAUUAAAGCCACGAUGACCGACUCCGCCUCUGCCAACGGGGAGGACAAGGACCCCGACAUUGAGCUGUUUGUCAAGGCGGGGAGUGAUGGUGAGAGCAUCGGGAACUGUCCCUUCUCUCAGAGACUCUUCAUGAUCCUGUGGCUCAAAGGAGUUGUCUUCAAUGUCACCACCGUCGACCUGAAGAGAAAACCAGCCGAUCUGCAUAACCUGGCCCCAGGGACACACCCUCCAUUCCUCACCUUCAAUGGGGAGGUCAAGACUGACAUCAACAAAAUCGAGGAGUUUCUGGAGGAAGUGCUGGCACCCCCAAAGUAUCCGAAGCUGGCUGCAAAGCACAGAGAGUCCAACACUGCGGGGAACGACAUUUUCGCCAAGUUCUCGGCCUACAUUAAGAACACAAAACCAGAGGCCAAUACAGGCCUGGAGCGGGGUCUAGUCAAAGCCCUGAAGAAACUGGAUGCCUACCUGAACUCUCCCCUUCCAGAGGAGAUUGAUGCAGACAGCGUGGAAGAGGAGAAGAGCUCCAACCGCAAGUUCCUGGAUGGAGACGACCUGACGCUGGCUGACUGCAACCUCCUGCCAAAGCUCCACAUAGUGAAGAUUGUGGCGAAGAAGUACCGCAACUUCGAGAUCCCGGCAGACAUGACGGGCGUGUGGCGGUACAUGCAGAACGCCUACGCCCGCGACGAGUUCACCAACACCUGCGCCGCGGACAAGGAGAUCGAGCUGGCCUAUAUGGACGUGGCCAAAAGGCUGGCCAAGUGAGGCGGACCGGUGCCGGGGGUCCGAUCGCAAAAAAAAAA